AUGGGCCGGCAAGACUCGUCUCAGCCGUAUCAAGCGAUGCCGGACCGACCCCUGCAGUCGCAACCGGGCCCGAUACCGCUGCCGACCCAGCCGCCGAUUCCAGGUGUUCCACCCCAGGGACCGCCGCAGCCCAUCGGCGGCGAUCUCAGUCUCAACCUGAGACCUGGCUCGCGGACCACUAGCGCACCAUCCUCACCGGCGAAGACACGGGAGAGUUUGCUUCAACGGGUACAGAGCUUAACCGGCGCCGCCCGCGACCAGGGUGCUUCUAUUUUGGGAGCGGCGGUAUCUGGCGCGACCAGAGGCUCGUCAUACAGCAAGGACCGAUGCUUUACUUUGCUGGUGAUCGAUGACCAGAAUACUGAUUGGAGCAAAUACUUCCGGGGACGCAGAUUACAUGGCGAUUAUGAAAUCCGCGUGGAGCAGGCGGAAUUUCGAGAACUGUCCCUGACGGCAAGUGAGGCGGGAACCGUAGUGUCCAUGGCUGUCUAUCGUAACGGGACCAAAGUUAUUCGAUCGUUUAAACCUGAUUUCGUAUUGAUACGUCAAAAUCUACGAGAUGCUGGAGAAGAUUACAAGAAUCUUCUUCUUGGUAUGAUGUAUGGCGGUGUACCUAGCGUUAAUAAUCUCACAGCAAUUUACAACUUUCAGGACAAACCUUGGGUAUUUGCUCACUUGCUGGGACUACAACGUCGUUUAGGUAAAGACAACUUCCCCCUGAUCGAACAGAGUUAUUAUCCCAAUCAUCGCGAAAUGGUGAGUGCAUCUCGAUAUCCCGUCGUAGUGAAAUUGGGCCACGCCCACGGCGGAACCGGCAAGGCCCGUGCGGAAACAAAUCAGGAAUUUCUAGAUCUCGCUUCGUUGGCAGCUAUGGCGAACACUUACUGUACAGCGGAACCUUACAUCGACACCAAGUACGACGUGCAUGUACAGAAAAUCGGGAACAAUUACAAAGCUUUCAUGCGGAAAAGCAUAAGCGGUAACUGGAAAUCGAACACCGGAUCGGCUAUGCUAGAACAGCUCUCCGUGAGCGAACGACAUCGCACAUGGGUCGAUCACGUGGCACAAUUAUUCGGAGGAUUGGAUAUCUGUGCGAUUGAACUGCUGGUGGGCAAGGACGGUCGGGAGCAUAUUAUCGAGGUCAACGACAGCGCGUUAUCCUUAAUGGGUGACUCUCAGGAAGAGGAUCGACGUCACAUCGCUGAAUUGGUUACCGCAAAGAUGCAGGUUUACUGUCGACCUCCGAGUAUGUUGACGAAAACGGCCUCGCGGGGUUCGAUGUCGGGUUCUAGUCAGGUGGGUAGUCCGGUAGAAGAUCGAACUGCACCUCCAACCGCACCCUUGGGAUCCCACGGAAGUAUGGGCUCUAUGGGUAGUAUAGGAAGCUUAGGUUCCGUGGCUUCCACUGCACCGAUAACUGGCGACGUCACUACCUCGGACAGUCAUCAUCAGUUGCAGCGACGCGAUUCUCAAGCUUCUCAAUCAAGUACGGUAAGCAGCGCGCCUUCAGUCGGCCGACGUACUGAAGAACCACCACCAUCUAGGGUGCCGUUCCAUCGACAAGGUAGCCAGUCGCAGGCUCCGGGUGAAGAUACUGAAGACACAAUGAAGAAUCUGCGAAAGACUUUUGCCGGUAUUUUUGGCGACAUGUAG